GUUGUCAUUGACAUUCAUCAUUCCGUCAUAUCGCAUCGACCGAGGUGGUUGUAAAAUAAAAAGAUAAAUAUUAUGUGUAUUAAAUCUAUAAAAAUGUAAAUUGAAUUACUAACAUGAAUGUUAAUAUCUUUAUAAGAUUAGAUGUGCAGUUGUCGGUCUCUUGACCAUUUAACAUUCAGCUGCUAUACAGAGAAAACGUAUAAAUGGGUGACGUUCUAAGCUUAUUUUCUGUGAUAAUAAUGAAAUUUAAAUCUAAGUUCAAUGAAAGUAAGAUUUAUUUUCACUAUGAUCUUCCGUGGGAGAAGCUGAAGACGGUGAAGUGGAUGAAUGAGAAGGCCACCGCGAACAGAGCUUACGUUCCUACGACCGUUGAAAAUGUAGCGAACGUGUGCACACACGCACUAUGCGUCGCCCCUGCAUCACUGGGUGCGCGGGAGUUGCUGACGCGCUCCGUCAAUGCACCGCAAGCGAUUGCUGCAGUCGUCUAUGGGCUUGCACUAUGCCUACUGUUCGCGGUGUCCACCACCUUUCACUCUGUAUGCUGCUGCAGGUCCGACACUAAAAUGAAACACUUCCUGCACCGUUGCGACCGGGCAAUGAUUUACAUAUUCAUCGCGAGUUCCUACUUCCCGUGGCUGACGGUCGGCACGCUCUCCUGCUGGAUGCUCAGGGAACUGCGGUGGGUGAUCUGGCUGCUGGCUGUCCUCGGCAUCACGUACCAACAGAUCUUCCACGAGAGAUACAAGAUGUUGGAGCUGCUCCUUUAUCUGGUCAUGGGGCUAGGUCCGGCGGCCAUCAUUGUCACGUCUAAUCACCAGUUCCCGGCGAUGUAUGACCUGAAGCUGGGCGGCAUGCUGUACCUGGCCGGCGUGUUCUUCUUCAAGUCGGACGGCCGCAUUCCCUUCGCUCACGCUAUCUGGCACAUAUUCGUAGCGCUGGCCGCCACCGUUCACUACUUGGCCAUCCUGCGACAUCUCUUCCCAGAACUUAAAUCUCAUUGAAGACUGCCCCUUUAACCUAUUGAAUCUCCAUUAUUAGAGCUCUCUAAAGCUAUUUUUGUAUCCUAACUCGACAACAAGGCCGCAAAUUAAAUAAUUCCACCGACAAUCGUCCGAAGUAUCGGACGAUCAACGGUGUUGCAGCUCCGAUUUGCGGCUUUGUGCAGUCGUUAACUUCGUAAUGUGUGUGUGAAUCUUUUGUGUAGUGAUUUGGUAUAUACUAAAAUAAACUACAGUAGGUUUUAUGCUGUUAACCGGGACGAAUCGUAAGUGUAUGCCUAUUCGUGUGGAUGUAGACUACCGUAAGCGACAUACAAUAGCCGUUUGUUAUAUUUUUCGGUAAGAUGAGCACUAAUUGAAAUUUUGCAAAGAAAAUUAUUAGUUGUGUGUUGUAAUUUUACAUUUUCCAAACAAAAUUUCUACGCAUAUCGUCGUUAAUUCAUUUAUACACAAGUCUGUCGGGACUGCGUGUCGCCUGAACAAUAUCGUAUGCAUGUAAAUAUUAUGAUAUAGAGUAGUGCUCGAGUCGAGUCGCUCAGGUAGUACGUGUAAGUAACCGUGGUAUACAGUUACGUGAGCUUCCGGUCUCUCCACGCGCCAUACUGCAAUCAAUAUUGUCACAUCAAGGCCACAUGCCGCAGCAUCCACGCUCAUACUCCGGGUCUGUGUUCAACACGUGUCACUCAUCUUUCUUAUAUCGGAUAUUCAAUUACAUGUUUACGGAAAAUAUAAUACUGAGGGCACUUACAUGAAUAUUUUGGAGGCAACUUAUAAUAUUGACAAUGCAUGACUAAUGACUUUAAAGUUCACAUUACUGUGUUCUUUAUUUAAAUUAUUUGUAUAACAUGCAGCCAUUAAAACAUUGCGUCUGCACUAGUGUAGAGUAUUACACAUUAAUUUAUCGACUAAUCGGUCGGUGAUUUCGGCAGGAAAUUGCGAAGGAAGUUUAUUCCUGUUGCUGCUUCGCUCGCCCACAUUAUGUACACCGUAAUGAAUAGUAAAGUCAUUUACGAAAUACUCGUAUCGUGCUCGAUAACAAACUUUUGUAAACUUGUCAAUCGGUUUACAACUCUAUUCACGAGCAUUAUUUAUAGACAAAUGUUUGUCCGGAUUGACCGUUGUCCUAUCACGAAAGCGAUGAACAACGAAACGAAUUGAUUUUUCUUUGAAACAGAAAGUAAUUUAACUUUGAUUGUGGUUAAUUUAAAUGGUGUUUCCAUUUAAAUUGGGUGGUUUAGUUUUCUGACUUAGCCCACAUAAGGGAUUUGUUUUGUAUGAUAUUUAACGUAGCAGGCCAUUCCUUACGUCUAGAGAACAAAUUUUAACUUAGGUUUUGGGAGGGUUCGAUGUCUUUAUUAUAAGUUGCGUGACUAGUAGCUGCCAGUGCGAGUUUUCAGUGUCCCAGUAGUGUUGCCCUUCGUCGUGAAGUGUGACGGUUGUCGAAUGCAGUAUGGCGCGUCUCUCACAGACACCAUAAAUACGAGUAUUUAUUAGACGUAACAUAUUAGCAGCAUGAACCACGUUCGGCCAAACUUACUACAAAUGGUAAAUGUGUGUAUAUUUUGUAACAUAUUGUUGAACUUAUUGUACUAUUGUUGUAGUGUUUGUAGUCGUAUCUCAGAAUCUCGAGACCAAUCCAACCCUUUUUAGAGUAACUAUUUAAAAAAAUCGUAUUGAGGGUUUUUAGAAACGUUUAUACCUAUUAACUUAUUAUACUUAUACGGAAUCCAGUUUUUUCAGCGAAAUCUUUUAUACACCUCAAUGUGACUUUUUCCUUAGUAUUAGUCGUUAUAGUUUAGCUAGUUGAAUGUAUAUACCAUCUCGUGUCUAUGAAUUAGGAUUUUAAAAUUUGAACAUCUUCAAUAUUUAUUUAAUUUUUAAAUUAUUUAUUUAUGUCCCAAUUUAGAUUUUUUAAGGAUUGCUCAAUCGUUCGUGUGAUUAGGUAAUAUUUUGCCAGACUUCCAAUGAUUACAGUAGGAUGUGCGAGGUAUCGGUUGCGUGUUGGUGGCAGUCGUAGGUACCUACGUGUGAGUGAUGUGUUAUCACGCUGGCACCGCCGAGCAUUGUUCCCUGUCCCUGUGCUCACUGUGCUCUUACGAUACCUGAACAAUCGACUCUGUUUCAAAACUAGGACGACAGCGCCUCCAUACUUAGACAGUUGCGGGCUCACACAAUGGACAGAGGGAAAUUGAAUGUAUAACUUCAGACCUUUAACCUGUUUGGACUAAAAAAUACUCUUCGUAAAGCGAUAGCAUUACUUUAUGAUAAAAUGUGUUAAUUUGUAAUUAUAUUCAAUGGGUUGCCUAAUCGAAGGUUUUAGUGUCGCAUCAAGUGCUAUUUUUGAUUUUGUAAUCAUUCUAGUCAUUGUUUUUGCUACAAACAUUUGUGUAUUGAAUGUGAAUUAAUUUUAUGCAAUGUGCAUGCAGCCGCGCGGUUGAAAGAUCAACAGCCGAGUCAUUGAUACUGAACCGUUUUAUUUAGGCUAAUUACAUUUUGGAUGCGCGGCUUAUGACAUAUAAGCGAAUUGGUUGAGUAAAGAAUCAUGACAACCGGUUAGCCAAGGUUAUCACAGGGUAAUAUCAACUAUUACAAGAAUGCACAAACACUAAAAUUAUUAAUUCAUUCAACAAAAUUAUCUCACUACAAUUAGUUAAAUAGUAUGAAAUUUAUUUUAAAAUUAGGAAGAGGUGUUUUUGUUUUAGAGUACGGUGUCAGACAGGCGUUGUAGCGAUACCUGUUUGUAAUAUCAUAGUAGAUGAGAACUCCUCAAAAGUGCAAAGUAUUCGUAAGUAGGGAAGGGUAGCGUCGGAACGUGUAACAGUAAUGUUUCGGAUAUUAUUAGGGUCCUAUUAUUAAAUACGUACGAUGGAGACAAUUUUCUGUAGUCAUUAUAAUAUUCGAAUUGUGCUCGACAGUACCGGUAUGUAAUACUUGUCGCUUUGAUUGUACCUAGCCAAAUACAUGUUGUAUGUUCUCGUGUUACGACUGUUGCUGUAAAUGUUGUUGUUGCUAAAGCAAUGCGCGUGUCUCAAGUCUUCCAGAGAUGCUAUUGGUAGGUCUUCUAAAUCAAAUUAACAUUCCUUAAUUAUUCCAUACGUUUUAAUGUAAUCAAACUCUCUUACGGCCGUCUUCCUUUGACGUACCUUUUUAUUUUCCAACCACCUUGAGUCGCAAACUCUUCUAUUUUAAAACUCUGUCUGACUUCUAAAUAAAUUAAAAUUAUGGCUUAAUAUUAGAAUAUUAUGAAUGAAAAUAAUUCAAAUUAAUAAGGAAAAAUAUACCUAUAUGUAUAUUUUAGCUGAAAUAUUCCAUUUUAAAUUAAUUCUAGACUACAGGUGAUUUAAUAGUUUCCCACUGUUGAAAAUUGUACCUAUUAUUAAACUUUUAUGUAAAUUCAACAAUAUUAUGGCGUAUUACGUCAAUGUAAUAGAAUGUACUAGAUUUUGAUGUAUUAAUUAGAGGGAAUAAUCAUCUCGUUAUACAUAAUUAGCUGUCGUAGGAGCGUCCACCGUUGAAAUAUUCGAGAUUUACUUGAGACCGUUGUUUGUCUAAUUCCAGGGAUUAUUUGACACUAUCGUAUCGGUGGACACUCGUACGAGAGCAGUAACUUGUUGUCUGUACGAUGUUUAAUGUGAUGUAACGUGUAUUGUUGUAGAUGGUAAGAUAAUGCAAACAUCUUAACGUAAGGCAGGUAACACAGUGGACUGCAUUCUAUUGUAAGUUUGGUAAAAGCCUGUUCCACACAGUUGACACAGUCCACAGAAUGUGUGACCACAGAUUAAGGUCCAACUUAAGUCUUCGUAAUUAUCGUGGAUUAUUGGCUCUGUUUAUUAAAAAUUACGGUUUUCAAACUGCAUAAAUUUUGUCCAUUUUCCAUCGAUUCAACUCAAAUUUUGGUUACAUAAAAGUACAAUAUUUUUUUUAAAUUUACUUUUUAAAUUAUUAUAAUUUCUGUCUAAUAUGUUACCUGCUUUACAAAUAAAAUCCAGUGACUAUUCUAUAUAAUUUUUCUAACAGAUAGUGUUAUGAACAUGAAGUUACCUUUGAUAUCGGACCCUGGUAUAGUUUUGUAGAGGUUUUUGGGAACUCAAUAAAUAAAAUUUUACAAACAA